ACAAGGCGUGUAACACGAACGACACGCACUACUGUCCUUAAGGACGAAAACGCCAAUGCGCGGCCCCGGAUCACCACGAGGGCUAAGCCACAAUCGAACUCGGAAGUUCCAGUCAAGGCCAAAAUCUCUACCCGUGCGAUCAGUGGUACCGUCUCGACCAGGGCGAAGUCCGUAGCUAAGGAGGUGUCAUCCGAGCAGGACUCAGCUGCCCAAGGAAAACGAAAACGCUCGGCUUUCGGCGAAGUUGCUGGCUUUCCUAACAACACUCGACCCAAAGCUACCGCGUUAAAGGGGAAAAGCAAAGAGGAAGCUCCAGCACCCGCCAAUGGCAAAUUCGACGGCAUCGUGUUGAAGCAGAAGGCCUCCACUACUGUCGCACCUGCCAUCCCGCGACAGCCUCUGCGUACCGUCUUAGCCCCUGCGCCCGCUCCUACGAGGACUUCAACGCGUGUAACUCGCGCUUCGGCGGCGGCUGGGCAGCACCGUGGCGUUAAACCCACCCCGGUUGUUUUGCCACCAACGGAUGAUGCGAUGGCAGUCGACACACCUGCUUUCCACCCCCCACCUCGACGACUCGGAACGAAGUCAUCAGUGACGGCUACGACAGCCAAGAAAGUUUCUGAACCUGCUGCUCGCAGACCGUUGUCCCAUACCGUGAAGGUCGCGCCCCCCGAAGAGGACGAGGCGGAGGCCAACCGUGUGUUCAAGAAACGGCGCACGUCGUCGGAUGUGCCGGACGAUCACCUAGCCGCCGUUCAAGAAGAGAAUGAAGAGAAUGAUGAGGCACUGCAGCAGCAGGAGGCACAGAAGGCCGUACAGGAGUUGUCCAGGCAUCUCGAACAGAUCGAGCGUGAGGCGGAAGCUGAUCCUGAUGAUAACUGGGUCGACCUUGACGCUGAGGACGCAAGUGAUCCUUUGAUGGUGAGCGAGUACGUGGUAGAGAUCUUCCAGUACUUGAAGGAAGUUGAGCAAACCACGAUGCCCAAACCCAACUACAUGGACAACCAGAGAGAUCUUGCAUGGAAAAUGCGUGGCAUUCUCACUGAUUGGCUGAUUCAGGUCCACAUGCGAUUCCGUCUCUUACCCGAGACACUAUUCCUCGCGGUGAAUCUCCUUGAUCGUUUCUUGUCUUCACGCGUAGUUUCUCUUGCGAAGCUCCAGCUCGUUGGCAUCACUUGCAUGUUCAUUGCUUCCAAGGUUGAGGAAAUCGUCGCCCCAUCCGCCAGCAACUUCCUCUACUGCGCUGACUCCUCGUACACCGAGGAGGAGAUCCUCCAGGCGGAAAAGUACAUUCUCAAGACGCUCGAGUGGGCCGUGAACUUUCCCAACCCCAUCCAUUUCUUGAGACGUAUCAGCAAAGCCGAUGAGUACAACGUCCAAGUGCGGACAGUGGGGAAAUAUCUGUUGGAGGUGCAGUGUGUGGAGUGGCGCAUGGUUGGUACCCCACCAUCACUGCUCGCGGCGGCGGCGAUAUGGCUCGCGAGGUUGAUACUUGGGCGCGAUGGCUGGACCCCGAACUUGGCCCACUAUUCGUCGUAUCCAGAAAGUGCUCUGGUUCCGACAGCAAGCUUGAUGCUUAACUAUGUACUGAGACCGGUUCGGCAUCCCUCGUUUUUCAAGAAGUACGCGUCAAAAAAGUAUUUGAAAGCGAGCACUUUUGUGCGGGAGUGGGCAUUGCAGCGUUGGGAACAAGACGAGCAAGUUGACCUCCAGGCUGAGCUACCGUCAUUAAAGGCGCUGAUCCGAGCGGCGCGUGAG